AUGGCUCUUCCUCCAAUUGCUUUCACAGUUCUGUGGAUGAGGAAUGUGCUAUUGUAUAUACAAUUUAAUCCCAUUUUGGGUUACAUCUCAGCAUUAUCGGAAAUACAAGCUUAUCAGACUUCACAAGCAGACAGGCAAUUACCACCCCAUGUGUAUUCUAAAUGCAAGACUAUUCUUAAAUCCAUGUGCCACUCUUCAAAAAGUCAAUGUUGUGUGUUGACUGGUGAUAGUGCCUCAGGAAAAACAGAAUCCCUCAAGCAUUUCCUGGGCUACAUUGUCAACGUGGUUGUACCGAUACAGGCCAGCCUGAAAUUAAAGUUUUUACAGGUUCAGUUCAUUGUUGAAGCUUUUGGCAAUGCUGUUACAGUGCAAAACAAGAACUCAAGCAGAUUUGCAAUGUACUAUGAAGCUUACUUUUCACCUGAAUUCAAAUUGUCUGGAGGAAAGAUUCAUCACUACAUGUUGGAGAAAUCACGAGUAGUUCAUCAAGAGAAGGGAGGCAAGAAUUUUCAUAUUUUCCACUAUCUUCUCUAUGGGAUGCAUGCAGAUCAAUUACAGGAAUACAGCCUUACUUCCGAUUACCUUCAUCGGUACAUGGCCUACGACCCAUCUGUUUCUUCAGAGGAUGAUGCCAGCAAGGCAACUCUAAGUGAGAAGUAUUCAAAGAUGUUAAGUUAUAUGGAGGCUGUUGGCUUUACUAAUGAGGAAAUCACUAAUAUUUUAAAGUGUUUGGCAUCGGUUCUUCACAUUGGAAAUAUUUCAUUUGGUGCAAUGAGUCAGCAAUCAAACUCAGCAUUUGUCAAAGACCCGCAGCCUGUCCAUUGUGCUAGUUCUCUUCUUGGUGUGUCUGUGGAUGAAAUGGGAGAGGCCCUUGUCAAAGGAACAGCUUAUCAAAAAGGGGUGAAAGUUGCCAUUCAAAAGUCUGUUAAUCUGGCAGCCGAAGGGAGAGACAACCUGGCCAAAGCCCUGUACUCUCGGUUGUUUAGUUGGCUUGUGAUUAAGGUCAACAGUUGUUUGAAGGAAAGAGGUGAAGAACACAGACACUCUGUUGGCCCAUCGCUGGGAUUGCUGGACGUCUUUGGAUUUGAGAAAUUUGAAAUUAAUGGCCUUGAACAACUGUGCAUCAACACUGCAAAUGAACAGCUCGCAUAUUUCUACAACCAACGUGUGUUUGUUUGGGAACAGGCGGAAUUUGAAUCUGAAGGACUGCGAAGUCAGAAGAUAUCCUAUUAUGAUAACAAGAAAACUGUUGACCUUCUGUUGAAUCCACUUCAGGGAUUGUUGCCAAUCUUCGAUAGUGA